GGGUCUGUCUCGGCUUCUCAGAGCCGCACGCUCCGUGGAGCUCCCGCCACUGCCGUCGCCUAGGCUCCUCGGUGCCGCGUCCCAGGCCUCCUCCCCUCCUCCGCCACUCCCUUUCCCUUUCCCGCCCUUCUCUCUCACACGGUCCACGGAGAGAGCCUGGAUACGAAGCAGGCGGACGUGAGAAGGGGGUUGGAAAAAUGGAGGUGCCGCGCCUGGAUCAUGCCCUCAGCAGCCCCACCAGCCCCUGUGAGGAGGUGAUCAAAAACCUCAGCCUGGAGGCCAUUCAGCUGUGCGACCGGGACGGGAACAAAUCACAAGACAGUGGCAUAGCAGAGAUGGAAGAACUUCCCGUACCACAUAACAUCAAAAUAAGCAACAUUACAUGUGACUCAUUCAAGAUUUCAUGGGAAAUGGAUUCAAAAUCAAAAGACCGUAUUACACACUAUUUCAUUGACCUCAAUAAGAAAGAGAACAAGAACUCCAAUAAAUUUAAACACAAGGAUGUUCCAACAAAACUGGUGGCAAAAGCUGUUCCCUUGCCGAUGACUGUCCGUGGACACUGGUUUUUGAGCCCAAGAACUGAGUAUACAGUAGCAGUGCAGACCGCCUCAAAACAAGUUGAUGGUGAUUACGUUGUGUCUGAAUGGAGUGAAAUUAUAGAAUUCUGCACAGCAGACUAUUCAAAAGUUCAUCUAACACAACUGUUGGAGAAGGCCGAAGUGAUUGCAGGACGGAUGCUUAAAUUUUCUGUUUUUUAUCGUAACCAGCACAAAGAAUAUUUUGACUAUAUUCGAGAACAUCAUGGGAAUGCUAUGCAGCCCUCUGUCAAGGAUAACAGUGGUAGCCAUGGCUCUCCUAUCAGUGGAAAAUUAGAAGGCAUCUUCUUCAGCUGCAGCACUGAAUUCAAUACUGGGAAGCCACCCCAGGAUUCACCUUAUGGAAGAUACAGGUUUGAGAUUGCAGCAGAAAAACUUUUUAACCCCAAUACUAACUUAUACUUUGGGGACUUCUACUGUAUGUACACUGCUUAUCAUUAUGUGAUUCUUGUCAUUGCCCCUGUGGGAUCACCAGGAGAUGAAUUUUGUAAGCAGCGCCUUCCUCAGCUAAAUUCCAAGGAUAAUAAAUUUUUGACCUGCAGAGAAGAAGAUGGGAUGCUGGUUUUCCACCAUGCCCAGGAUGUCAUUUUAGAAGUCAUUUACACUGACCCUGUGGAUCUUUCUCUAGGCACUGUGGCAGAAAUCACUGGUCAUCAGCUCAUGAGUUUAUCUACUGCAAAUGCAAAGAAAGAUCCCAGCUGCAAAACCUGUAAUAUUAGUGUUGGACGUUAAUGCCCACUUUUCUUAUUCUUAGUCCCCUUUCUUCCCUUAGGAGCAUUGAUCCUCUGUUGUCCAUUUUCAUCACCAGAUGUUUUCCACUGAAGCAUGCACAUGCCGCUCUCACCAAAAGCAAACUGCCACUUACCAAAUUUCAUUCAGAGCUGUUUUAGUGUU